AUGUCUUUUAAGAUAAGCUUGAUCAUUGAACUGUUGACACCACUCUUGGUUACGAUCAUGUUUAUAGGUCUAGCCAUAUUGGGUCGAAAUGCGAGAGCAUCAGCGAAUCUGACGACGAAAUUGCCCACACUUGGGGUGAAAAUCAAUCAACAACUCUCGUUAUUUAACCAAUUCUCCUCUGUAAUCAUCAAUAUUAUCUGUCUGAUCGCCACUCUAAACAAUCGUGUCUACCAUAAACCGGUCAAAUAUCUAAUUGUCACCUCGUGUCUGGGGCGGCUUUUCUUUAUAUUUUACUAUUUUUGGCAAGCAUUGUGCUAUGUCGUUUUGGACUCGAUCAUCCCCGAUCCCUUGUAUCAAGUGUUUCUAUUCUUCGUUCCCAUUGUUUUAUCUGCUCGUCACGUGUCAAAUUUUGCACUUCUCGUUGACAUCAGCACUGUUUGGGUGGCGAUGUCGAUGUCGAUUGAUAUGAUCAUGUUUUAUAAAUUGGCGAUUCUGGCCAAAAAAAAGUCAAAAGCCUUCUCAGUUGCUGAGAAAGUUCUCAUUUUUCAAAUGCUUGGGACAAAUCUGAGCGCUGGUUAUCCGUAUUUUAUCGAGUCAUACGUCCUCUAUUUCCUUCAAUUCAUUGACCCAUGGACACAAACGAUUUUCUCGUAUUUCUCGAAGAUGAUUCUAUAUGGAGGAGGACAAAGCUGGGAUGGUGCAAUCACCAUCUACACGCUGAAAAGAGCCGAGAGAAAAACACAAAAAGUGACCCAAUCGGUGCAACAGGUGAUGCCAAGUGGAUCCUCUUGGACAAGUACGACGAAA